UAGCGACGAAACCAUAAUCGACAAGACGACGGGAGAGUUGAGACAAAAACGACGCAGAGACUUGAACUGCAGAAGAAAAAUGAACUCCAAACUGUUGUAUCUUCUUUGUCUUGUGGCUCUCUUGAGACCGCUUGGGGGUUUUCCUUUAUCAGUGACUGCUGAUGAUGGAAGCGCUUCUGGAGAAAGUGGAGAUGAUGAAAGCGGCGAAGAGUCUGGAGUUGACAGCGGCGAAGAAAUUGACGACGAGAGUGAGUCUGGAGAUGAUAGUGGUGAGGAGUCUGGAGAGGACAGCGGUGAAGAAGUUGAGGAUGACGAUGGCGAGGAGUCUGGAGAGGACAGCGGUGAAGAAGUUGAGGAUGACGAUGGCGAGGAGUCUGGAGAUGACAGUGGUGAAGAAAGUGAAGACGAAAGUGGUGAUGAAGAUGGCGAUGAAAGUGGUGAGGAUGGUGGAGAUGACGGCGAUGACGAUGAUGAUGAUGAGGAUGACGAUGAUGAUGACGAUGAGGAUGACGAUGACGAUGACGACGAUGAUGAUAAUAAUGUACAAAGCUUCAAUGAUAAUGGCUUGCAACAUGUGGUCGAAGAGAUUGGAAAGGGCAAUAGCACUUACGGCAAAGAGAGUAAUGGUCUAGACCAGUUGGUUACUUCAAACGGAUUUGCUAUCAACGGAGGCCUUGCUCAUAUUCUCAUUGCAUUGACAUGUUUGCUUUUCAACUUCCCUUACUAAUUUUUCAAUAAAUGCUUCAUAUUGAAGAUA